UUCCCAGUCCACUGAACAGACGAAUGCUUCCAAGCACCAUUGGUCAGUAGCUCACCUAUUAGUUCAGCCAAUAGGGAGGCUGAUAAAUGUACGUUCAAGUGAAUGUGUCUUAUUUGUGCUGUAAACAUGUCGACCAGCUUAUGCUAUAUCACCUGCUACAUGAGGUCCUAAUGUCACGUCGUGGACGUCACACCUGACACACUGGAGAAGACAAUAGAAACAACAAGUACCACAAACUGUUUACUCAGCUACUGCGAACCUGAGGCCACCUGUCAAGCCAAGACGGAGACAAUUAAAAAACAACCUUCUGCAGUUUCCACUAUUUGGCACAUUCACUGAUCCGCUAUCUCAAUGGAAGAAGACACAGAGAAAGACCGGAAGCAAAACCUACUGAACACCGAAAAAGAUCGGUCCAAAGGAACUGGGAACAGUGUAGCUCGGCACGUCACUUACAAACCGGAUUCAGUCAGAUAUGAAACGCGUGGACGGAAGAUACUACGAUGGUUCAAAAAUGUCGACAAUCUGUUCGUGGUGCUCACAGUACUUGCUGUCAUUUUGGGAUCGUCACUCGGUCUUUUAAUCAAAGUUUUCGUGGAUCCGUCCCCGAGAACUGUCUACCUUGUCUCCUUCCCCGGAGAGUUGCUGAUGAACAUGCUGAAAAUGCUUAUAAUCCCACUUAUUGUGUCCAGUCUAGUUGCAGGUCUAGCUGGCUUGGAUCCGAAAUCGAGUGGAAAGAUCGGAACUUAUGCACUGAUCUACUACGUGGUAACCACUAUGCUUGCGGUUUUUUUGGGCAUUGCUUUGGUUUUAUCCAUCCGUCCGGGCAAUUCGAGCAUCAAACAGUCCAUGGGUGAGGGCACAAUAGAAGAACGGAGGCCUGAAACACUGGACUCCUUUCUAGAUUUGUUAAGAAACUUGUUCCCGGAGAACAUAGUUCAAGCAUGUCUGCAGCAACUCCAGAGCCAAUUUGUCACGGUCGUCAAGAAACCAAAUGAUCGGAUUCGCACUUCAAUCAAUGUGCUUGGUGAUGCGGUAGGGGCAGGAAUCGUCGACCAUUUAUGUCGAAAGGAACUUGCGGAGAAAGAUGCCGAAAUCGAUAGAGAGCUGGACAUGGCUGUGGAGGAAUACAGCAAGCACAUUUCCUUACCAUCAUCUCCUGUCACAAAUGAUGGCAUCAGCCCCAGUGGAUUUGAAGGUCGACGCUUUAGCAAAAAGCGGAUCAGUGUUGCAGCCGCAAUGCGGCUUCAAGAAAACGCAUCUCCAUUAUCUUCCUCGAUAACGCCAGGCUCUAUCUUGGAACAUUCAAACGCAAUUGCAAUGCGCACCAUUUCGACGGGGGACCCACCGGGGGACAUAACAUUAUAA